AUGUUCACGACGAGAAAUUUAUCGAUUGGCUCGAUCCAGUCCUCAAUUGCGGCAUCGCUGCGUUUUAAGAGCACGAAACCGCUCACCAAGACGGCCCUCAAGCUGAAGGAGAAGCCAAAGAGACCCAAGCAGCCUCGUAACUUUUUUGUCGGAGAAUACAUCGUCAAAAACUAUGGACCUGACAAGGACAGGGCUAAGUUGUUCUCGGAGGCCCAUGCCGCUUUUGACUCGCUUUCUCCUUUGGAGAGAAAGAAGUACCUAGAUUUAGGAGCUCAGGCUGCCGCGCAACAUGCAGCUGACUUGGCUAAGUGGGAAGAGAAGUAUCCCAAGAAGAAGAUAACAUCUUACGCGAAAUUUGUUUCAGAAAACUGGGACGGGAUUUACUCCGGCGAGGGAGGCUCGGAUUUCAAGACCACCACCUCGUUACUUUCUAAGAAGUGGAGAGGAUUGACUCAGAGUGAGAAGGACAGCUUCAAAUAG